CACCGGUCUGUGUAUCAUGCCAGUGUUGCUUGGCAUUCUAGACCUUAGCUUGAAGCUAACGGUAAACCUGCCUGUUUUAUUACAACGCUGUCUAUAUAGUCAGAAAUUAUACAAACCGUAGCUGCAGUUGGAAAUUUAGCUGUUAUCGGUUAGGGGAGCUAAAGGACUUGCUGUUUUCGUUAGCUGUCAGGCACAGAGUCAGCUAAAGUGGAGAGAUAAGGGCAUUCGCGGGGAUGUGAACGACUUCCUAGUUUCCACGUUUAGUCAGAUGAGAUGCUUUCACUGUAUGGUAUGAUGAAUGGGGUCCCUCUUCUUUUAUCUUCAUGGAGAUGACUUGCCACCCAUUCGGGAAUGGUCAGAAUGGGGCCAGAUGUGCCCCUUCUUAAUGAGUACAAGCAGGAGUUCUUCUGGAAGCGCUUCCCCCAGACAGUGUUGGGGGGUCCACGCUUCAAGUUGGGCUACUGCGCCCCACCGUAUGUUUAUGUCAAUCAGGCAGUCCUGUUCUUGACACCAUGGUUGUUUGGGGGCAUCGGCACUCUGCUCUGCCAGCUGCAGCUGCUUCAGGAACUCCACGCUGCAGUUCUCUCUGGUAUGCUCAUGUUUGCAGCUGCAGCGGCUGUCCAGGCCCUGGCAUUGUACGCUGCUCGGAGAAGUGGCACAGUGGAGAGACUUGGUGCGCCUAACAUCCUGGUGGAUGAAGAGGAAGUGGAGUUUACCCACUGUGUCAGCCCAGAGACAGUCCGAUUCAUUGCCCCUGGGAAGAAGUUUGGCCUGAAUGUGGUGCUACAUACAGUAUUAGCUGGAGUGCUGUGUGGCUUUGGGACAUGGUAUGUGUUCCUUGGCAGGCUAACAGCUCUGUACGGAAGCAUUGGUGUAUCCCUGGUAGUGUUUGUCCUUAGUUGGGUGAUUCUCUGUAUAGCUGAGUAUUCCCUCAUUGUAAAUACGGCCACAGAGACGGCUACUUUCCAGGCACAGGACACUUACGAGAUCACCCCUCUCACCCGGCCUUUGUACAUUUUGAUAUUCAUCAGUGUGGACUUGGCCGAUAGGUUCUCAGGCCCUGUUUCUGAGCUCCAUUUGGCUUGCCAAGUUCUCCAUGUGCUGUUCCUCUUCCUACCUCUGCUAUGGGCACUUGGCAUACUGCCUCCUCUGGAUGCCCUGCUCCUCUGGGGCAUGGAGCAGGCUCUUGUGUUUGGCCUAGGAGGCUCACCUAUGUCCAGCAACAUCAGGUUGCUAUUGAUGUUUGGUGUAUCUGCUGGCGUAGCUGUGUGUAAUUUCUUCAUCCCGUCAACACUGGGUGUGGUUCUCUUCUCUGUCUCUACGGGAUUUCUACUGAGUCUGGACCUCAGCCAGGUUGGCAAAAUCUGCAAAGGUCCCAACGUGGCCUUUGGGGACCAUGGACUUUACAGAGGGGGGACACCACCCUCUCCUCCCAGUUCUUUUGGCUGGAGUCUGGGUUGCAGGGAGCUGCUGCUAUAUUUCAGCCUGCUACUGGUGGCAAUGGUAGAGGUAGGGCUGUUGCAUCAUUUCUUUGGUUCAGCUCAGUCCCAGGGCUUGGUUCCAGGACCCCAGCCUCCAGUCAGCUACCUCAUCCUCUCACUCUUUGGCCUUUGCUGGACUCUCAAAGAGAUUCAGGGGGCAUAUGUAUUUGGAGGGAUAUUCCUAAAUCCCCUGUACCCCAAGGAGAUGUCCAGUGUGCAGACUUUCAGGCAAAGGGAUAGACCAUUGUAUACUGCUGCAGCAAUCAGAAGAGUCCUUCUUUAUCUGGUGUCCCCGUUUGCAAUGAUUGCUUUCCUGUCAAUGGACAAAUCUCUUCAUCUGCUCCACAGUGCUUCACUUAGUGUAGGAUUCACCCGAGCUUUUAGAGUGGUUUGGCAAAACUCAGAGGAUGCUCUGCUCCAAAUGGUUGUGGUAGUCUCUGUGCAGCUCGCAGCUGGAAACAACCUUCUGCCUGGGUGGGAUGACCUGGGAACUGGAGUGCAACUUCUUCUGGUGGGUCUUCUGAUUGAUAGACUGACCCAGUUCCUGGCCAAGUUAAAGUUCACUCUGACUGUGAUGGUGACAUCUUGGACCGAGAAGAAGCAGCGCCGUCAAUCGGCUGGAACCCUCCUGGCUUUGAACGCCUCCCUGUGCCCAUUGGUACUGGCAGUUGUGGCCCUUUCUGCCCUGCUGUCUGCCCCUCUGCUGCCCCUCUUCACCCUACCCAUCUUCCUGGUUGGGUUCCCAAGGCCUCAGCGUAGCUGGCCAGGGCCUGUGGGCACUGCCUGUCCCUGCCUGGACUCUAUCUUCUACCAUCAGAUGAGUGGAAGUCUGGCUUCUGCUCUAAGGACGGCUUUUGCAAGAGGGUCACUGGGUUCUGUAGCCCCAGGCUCUCAUUUUCUUGGCCGCUUUCAGGACCGUAUGGUUUGGAUAAUGAUCUUGGAGAGAGGCUACGGUUACUGUACUGUCAACAUUAAGGGUCUGGAGCUGCAGGAGACAUCUUGCCACACGGUGGAGGCACGAAGAGUGGAUGAGGUGUUUGAGGCUGCUUUUGAGCGCCCCGAGCGUCUGGGCUUCACCCAGGGCUUUAACUUGCAUUGGGGGAAUGCCCUCACACCUUGUGCUGCCCUUGCAGUGCGAGUGUACUCUGACGCCCGUAACGUGCUAUCUGGCAUCAUUGACUCCCAUGAUAACUUAAGGAAACUUCAAAAUGAUUUUCUUAAAGCCCUGGUCUGGUUGCUCCUUCGGUACUGUGUGCAAAAGCAUAAAGGAUUUCUUUGGAGCAGUGAGGAAGGAUCUGGGGGCAGGAAGUCACAGUCUUCACAGCUAGCCCAGACAACGUGCAACCAGCCGCCUGAGGCUGUCGUGGUGGAAUCUAAUGUAUCCUCUCACAUGUACAGACAGGAUAGCUCCAGCUUGACAUCUUUUGGUGACUGGUCGGAUGAGGAUGACUUAUUUGGCCCUCAAUCAACAAGGCGAACUGUGGCAUUAGUGACUGCAGAGGCCCAGGUUGGACACCCAGCUCUACAAACAGGGGCAUCGCUACCAGGCUCUGUGGAGAUGGACAGUCUUUUUGAAAACAUGGCUCUCUCCUCCUUGCAGCCUCUGCAGCCUCUGGGACUAGGCAUUGGGAUGCCAGCUAUAGAUAAAGGCAGAAAUCCAGAUGUUUUCAGAGAGAGUCCUGGCUCUCUCCCUCAUCUGAACUUCAGCUGCCCUCAGUCAGAGGUGUUCAACCUUCCAACAGGAUGGAGGAUGGCGCCAUUACUGCCAUCCCGCCUCCUGCAGCUAAGACCCUUGUUUCCUGAGGACUGGUUUCGGUUUGCUUUAGGGCGGUUUGGGCCUGCCGUGCAGGGUGAGGCCACUGAGGACAUGACCAAAGCCCUAAAAGAGGAUGAAGCCUUGAAAGAACUCCAUUCUCAGGUCGCACUUUCAUGUCUUAUCUCACUGGGGGCAGAAUCUGCUUUCACAAGCCCUAGUUAUGUCUACAGGCUCUAUUGUGGAGAUGUUCCGUGGACAGAAGGACUUGAUUGGUUGUCCUCAAGUAAAGAACUUUACCAGCUGGCACUUCGGGCUUUCAGGUUCAGUUUCAAGCUGCUGUUUGAUCAAGCAAGCCUAGGGCCAAUGGAGUCCCCUGAGGAAUUGUUUAGCACCUUGGAGGAAUAUGAAAGGGACUGGUACAUUGGCCUGGUGACAGAAAAAGGCUGGCACGACAGCAUUCUUCAGGAGAAACCCUUUCUCUUCUCUCUAGGACAAGACCUUGCUAUGGGUACCUACACUGGGAGAGUCCUGUCCUUGCAGGAUCAGCUGGUGCAGGUGGGCCGUCUGAAUGGAGAGGGGGUACGAGGACAGUGGGCAAACCUCUCCUGGGAGCUCUUGUAUGCUACUAAUGAUGAUGAGGAGCGUUACAGCAUCCAAGCGCAUCCCUUCAUGUUAAGGAAUUUAACGGUUCAGGCAGCCGAUCCACCUCUAGGAUACCCUAUUUACUCCUCCACCCCUCUUCACUUCCCCUGCCUCUGACCUGGUGCAGAAGGUUGUAGAGAGGUACAAGGAUUAUCUGCAGUCUGUUCUCUAUCAGUGAAAUUCCUAUUUUCAAAUUGUAUUGAAAAAUCUUUGUCCAAACUACAAAGAAAAGCUGUAAUCACUUACAUUUUGAGAAUUAUUGUCUGUAAGAACCUGUUGUCUUUCAUCAUUAAUGAUGCACCCCAGAGAAAGCAGAAGCAGUCAACACAUUUCCAACACAAUUCCACAUAAUUUAACUUUACAAUAAACUCCUUUUUGAAUGUUUAUCUUGAGUGAAGUGGAUAGUUUCCCACCUAAACACAUACUCUGAAUUAUUAUUUGUACCAAAAAAGUAAAAAUAAUUGCCCAUUUCCCCGUGUUCACCAGUUUAAUACCUGAUUAUUUUACCUUUUUUUUUAAUUUUGCAAUUUUCAGGCGAUUUCCCCUCAAUGUCAACAAAAAAGGGACAAUUACAAUGUUUUGUUAAUGAUAUCAAGGAUGUGCCUUGAGUAUGUCUUGCUAUAAAUGUAAAGUGUUCAGUGCUAUUGUUUUGUUUACAGUUCACUUGCUUACACUUUAGAUUGAAAGGUUAAACAAAUGUCUAUAGUCUUGUAUAUAAUGUUUUUUUAAUGUGUAAUGUAUAUCCUUAUAAUAAAAUGGCUCAUCAGAAA